CGACGAAAUUGGGGCCGUCCGUCCUGCUGUCCAUGUUUGCUGAUGCGGCACCGCGCCCGCGUUUAAUUAUUAAAGGCCCGAUCGUACGGGUUGUUAGAAACUGUGGGCCUUGCGCUGCUGCUUUGCUGACGCCUCUGUUGAUUCAGACCUAAAUACCACACUGGGCGUGUGUAUGGGCUUUUCGUUGUUUCGGUGCUCGCGUCUGGCGCUCGACAAUGAACGCGAUUGUUUCAUUAUGGAUGAGAAGUCGUUUUGUAUGACCGCGUACUUGUUAAGCUGUUCUACUUCGCUCCAGGAAACGUAUAAUCGUCUCAGUCUUAUCCUUGUUGGUGUGGUUAAGUUCCUCGUUUACUCGUCUUUCCUCUCUUAACCAGACAACCGGGUGCGUGCUCUCAUGUGCUUUUCAAACAAGACACAUUGAACGUCUGAGACAAGCGGGCCGCACGUAAUGUGUCGCUGCUAUUUUUCAAACCGACCCAGUUGGUCCAAAUGUUUCUUUUUGAACAGUUAUUUCGUACGCCUUCGCGCUACCGGGUUACGCGAGACCGGUCCGAGCCGCACACAACACAAUCUGUCGGCGGCUUCACGGCGGUGAUCCUCGGUUUCUGCCUCAUUUCGCGCAGAUAUGAUUGUCGCGAGACUCCUCUAUGCGCGGUUCAGCAGGUGUCGAGGGCGUCGUGACAGUAGCAAGAGGAAAAAACAGGGUGCAACAACUUUUUAAAGGUGCAAUCGAGUGUCUUCGGCGUGUUUCAUUUUCUGACAAUCAUUUCGGAUUUUCGGAGGACUGCAUGAACGGUGCUUUGUCGGGUGGACGCCUUUCGCCAAGCGCCGGAUGAUGAGCUGUCCUCAGCUGGCGGAAACCGAAAGAAGGCCUCCAUCUGCCGCCGCUCCCAGUGGUCCCAAGCCCUACAACAUCUUCGAAGACCUCGAGGUGUUCGCCCACUUCGAACACUAUCGCAGCGAGAGCUACGCUCAAGCCAUCCACCUCAUGUCUUCGCAAACGAGCUUGCGCUCCGACUCGAGACACUCCUAUGCGUCGUGCGCGACAACGCUCAAAGAACUGUCAUUCAGCGCCCCCUCCUCGCCCAAGGGCAUUUACAGUGACGAAAAAUCGUCCACGCUUCCGUCGACAUCAUCAAACAUCGCAUCGUUCCCAAGCCCAAAGAAGUCGAGCAGCCUGAGCCUGUCUAGCUUCUUCCGAAAAAUAUCACCCCGCUUUCACAAAAACCGAAAGUCAAGGUCGAAACCCUGGAUAGUAGUGGAGUUUUCACAAAAGGAAAUUGAGGGCCAUGGUGUGGACCAAGAGAGCAUGGCUGACAGUGAUCAGUCUCUGGAACUUGCACUUCAGGGCAAGGAACAGUACAUGGCUUCUCAGACAGCGAGCGCAACUGGCCACCUAUAUUUCUCAGGGAGCGGAAGCCAGUCAUCCCUAAACGCAUGGGUCAGGGCAGGGAAACCUAAGGCAUUUGGUCCCUUACAUCAUGACACACAAAGGGUGUUCGCAAAGAAUUAUGGCAAUGUGAUUGCCAAGGCACGUGGUUGUCACAGCCAGGAAUGGCUACAGGGCUCCAAGGUGUCAUCAAAGCCAUCAAAGGCAUCAGCACGACCUAACCAGUGGCCUGCGUCAUCGUGCACUGGUUCUCGCCACAGCAUUGGGUCACUAAUGCCAACGGUAGUGGUGAAUUCUCCAGGGACAGUUCCAACGGUGCUAUUGGAAAUGGGCUCCUCUGAGCAGGAGGAUGCAUCUGAGCAGUCAUUUGCCAUACCUCACAGUCUGAGUGCUGGUACUGGCAGUGUCCUACUUACAGGGAUUCCAGAGAAAAGGCGGGCGCAGCCCCCCCAGUCUCUGCACCUCCCAGGACCGGAGGGGGAUCUGCAGGUGCCCCCGAUGGAACAGUUGAGCGUGCGGGUGCCCUCAACUGAGUCAAUAGGUGCCUGUUCAUUGGAUGUGGAUGCAAGCGAGUCAUCGGCACGACCGAUGAUGACCAAGGAGGCAUCGGAAGUGACCCUUCGCAGCAUGGUCAUGUCCACCCGCGACAGCUCAUCUGUGGCAGUGAGAGGAGUACUGGACAGCAACGUCACGCAGCUGUCGAACGGCUGCUGGAACAUUGGUGGAAACACUGUAGAAUCAUUGUCUACAAAAGUGCCUGAACACCGGCCAUCUUACCUUGGCAUCAGCUGUGCUAUCAACGGAUACACGAGCUACAGCCAAUUCUGCCGCAGCCGUGACAGCAGCCCUGCCCGUCCGAGCCCCCGCACGUCAGCUCCACUCGCCACAAGCCCAGGAAACAGUCUCAAGGUGGAGCCCAUCCUGGAAAUCAAGGCCAGCAAUGGCCGUGGGGAGCUCACCAAUGGCCGCCACCAUGGUCCCCAAGAGACGGCAGCAGCGCCUGAGCCCUGCAUUUCCCUUGUACAGCAGCGGAUUGCGGCUCUGUAUGGGUCAGAAGCAGCAGAGAGGGUGGCGCGUUCACGCACUCGAACGGCCAAAAGCCCACUCAAGCUGGAAAAGGCCAUGUCAAAACGCAGCCCAUCCUGCCCUGCGCAAGUCAUCCGUGGUCGCUCCAAGAGCCCACCUGUGUUCAGGCACCUGACACGUGACUUCAAGGAGCACCUCCGUUUGUCGGAAGUGUCUGCCUCGCCCGCCGAGAACUUGCCAGGGUUCAUUCCUGCGUCGACACGCCUCCCUCUUCCGAGCUCGCCCGAGAAGCGAGCUCCUUUCUCGGCGACAGCAUUACGCAUCUGUGAUGUGGACAGGGGUGACAGUAGUGCGCUAAAAGAACACGUCCUGGAAGAAUCUCGGCAUUGCCAGAUUGUGAAUGGCAGUGGUGCACCAAAGCUCAACGGGAACCACGCUGCUGCUGUUGAUGAAGUUGACAAAGCAUUGAACUUGCCUGUUCAAAUGAUGCCCACGCAACACAUGUCGUCAUCACUCCUGUCGCCCGUGUGUGCCAAGGCUCUCUCGUCAUCAGACCUGCCUGUGCGGGAGGGCCACACAUUCCUGGCCACUCUGUCAAGCACACAACAGGUCCUUGAGUGCCACAUCAGAGAUGCCGAGCAGGACCUGAAUGAUGCUGCCAUCUCGGAGGACAUGAAGGGCCGGAUACGGGCAGCGAUAGGCAAGGCCAACCUCCUCAUCACCAAGAAAUUUAAGCAGUUCAAGGAACUGUGCCUCAAAAACAUUGAACAAAAUGUUGAUGAUCCUUUUCCAACCACUGGAUCUGACUUGGCUGGCUUUUGGGACAUGGUCAUGUUGCAAGUUGACAAUGUACACAUGUUGUUUGAGGAGCUCAGCAUGCUUAAGGCAAACAAUUGGGUGGAACCCUCUGAAACAGAGAGCAAAAGAGCAGUAGUGCCAAGACCAGCGAAGAAAGUGGCUUCUCGGUCUGUGCCAGCAAGUCCAAAGAGAUCCGAGAAGGCCGAAGAAGCAGCCAAGUCGCGGUUGGAAGCACGCAAGCGGCUCAUGGAGGCCAAGCGGCAGGCUCGGCAGCAGCAGCAGUCGCAGCCAGCCAUGGCCCGUGACGAGGACAUUGCCAUUUUUGUACCACAGGAAAAGACCAACUGACUGCCCCCAGGCUGUAUUGUUAGGCAAAAAUAACACACAGGAAAGGGCUCAGCUCUGCUCGGUUGCCUCUCAAAUAACAUGAAAAGGAAAGCCUGCCUCGCACACAAGUGUUUCCUGCAUGCAAAACUGCGGCACCUGCAUUGUGGACUGCUGUUGCCUGUGAGUGUUGCGUGCAGCACAUGAUGGCGUGGCACAUUCUGACAGUCAAUGUGUGAGGUGCACAUCUCACCACAAGACUGCAAAAGCAGAACAACAAAUUGCAAUGAAAGCGAUUUGUUCUUUCCACAGAUGCCACAAGUGGUUAUCAUUUGGGCUACAAACUAAAGGUGGUCGUCAGCUAUUUGCCGCUGCCCUAGGCCUAAAAUCAUGGUAGCCCAGUUGUGGGAAACAUUGCAUCGCAUUAGCCAAUUCAAAUGACAUGAUGACCUGUAUGUGGCAGAAGAGGCCUAUGUGGUAAUUGCAGUCUGUGCACUAUAUCACGCAAUAUUUUACAUUGGCUAAAAGCCAUUGCCAAUGCAAAAACACACAGUCUGGCAUCACAACCUUCGCCUGGCCAACAUCACCAUGCAUAAUUUGUGUGCAAAACACCACCUCUAUGACUUACAAAACAGAAAGUACUUGAGGUAUAAAAUUGGAUGACAGCCUAAGCAAGAUCAUUUGCAUGUUCUUUCUACCCCCCUCUGUAGAAGGCUCUGCACAGCUCUCUUAUCAUUGUCAACACAUCUAUAGUACUUCACUCCACACAGUUUUCUUUUUAUUUCUUUCCCCCUCCCCAUUUUCAACGACACAUUUACGCACAAGGUUACUUAGGAACAUGGAUGUUAAUUUUAAACAUUCAGUUGCACUGAUUGAAGGAAAGCUACUAUGCUUACAGAGUUUUGGGACAUAGAACUGAAUCUCUUGAACUGUAGGGAUAUGUACACAGAGCUGUACAAAACGAGGGCAUGUAUUGCAAAUGCUGCAUAUAGAUGACAUUGUUGCCAUUUUAAUGAGCGCCAGCUAGGUAUAGCAGACUAUUGGCUUGUCUAGCAGCGUAAAUGCGUGUUUGGCGGAUAGUGAAUUUAUUUGUAAAUUUUCUACAAAAUUUCUCUUGCCAUUAUUUUAAUCAACACAAAAAAUAUUUGGCAGAUUCCAACUUAUUUUGAAUGCUGCUCUCCAUUAACAAAAAUGGUAACAGUAAUUUUGAGUGCUUGUCUUUUUUAAAUUAAGAUUCCUUCCUGGACAUUUUAUUUCCCAAAACACGCGAGUUUUUUCUGUGAUGUACUCGUAGAACGCACACUUCUCAAGCUUAAAGUGGGACACCACAAAUAUUUACACUUCAUUAGACGUGGCUCUCUAUUUCUGAGACUUCAAUGUGUUUAUUACAUUGAAUCAUAGUUCACAGAUGAUAGUUUUUGUUGAAAUUCUUCUUGGUGGAUGUUUAGCUGCUUUCAGCAGAUAUUGAAUGUUGUUUAGUAGAAUAUUUUAAGGAAAAAUCAAUCUAUUACCUGUCCUAAAUGCUGUCCGAUUUCCGUUUUCCUAACCUGGAGUUUUCACUUUUAGAAGAGGAACAGCUUCAUUGUAGAUCUUGCUCAAAUUUUGGGUGAUAGGAAUGUAAUCUUUACUUCCCAAAGGAAAUACAGAAAGCAGCGACAAAAUCCUACUUUCAGCGAGACAUGUUUGCCACUGUUACCAUAGGCAUUUCAUCAUUAAUGUGAAUGUUGUCGUGGGAGCUGUCAUUGUUUAAUUACUGGGCUUAAGCAUUCCACUGUGUCCUGUAUAGUCAUCAGCACAAGAUUUUAAGAUUUUAGAAGCUGCUGUUCAAUUUAAAUCAGUCCGGUACUAGAAAACAAUUAAGCCACAAUGCUACUAUUGAUUAUUAAGUCCUUUUUAAAAAUUUAUUGUUGUGGCUUACAUUAAUUCAGCGUCAGUAGCAAUAACAUGGAAAAUAUAAUAGCAAUCUUCAUAGGCAUCAUUUGUGAUUGAUUUAUUGAUUCACAAAGAAGUAUCGACACUGGCAAAUGCUCUUAGAUGGCCAGCUGUCAAUAAUGUGACAUUGUUGUCAUUACUAUUGCUGCUCGUAUCGAUUCUUGUGUCUUAAAGGAGCCCAGCAUAAGUUGUUUUCCUGUCUAUACUAUUGUUGGUGUAUUUGUCUGGUCGUUUCACUACUUUGAUGGUCAUGUAAACUAACAAUGAAACUGUAUUAAAUGGGCAAUGUGCGUUAGUAACGUUAUUUCGAUAACAUCAUAAGAGUGUGCUUAACGUCCCGAUAAAGUUCAGGUACAUUGUUAAACGGCCUUUGAAGCUUCGCCAGAGUGCUCAGAAGUGACCGGUAGAAUGUGCCAUGUUUCUUUCAUGCUCUAAUUUUUUCAGAGAUUGCGUUUUGCAGUGCAUCUUGUUUAGUAAUAGAUUGUAUUGCUCACUUCUUGCUUACUUUGUUCCUUGUGAACCACAAGUAUAUGUGAUCUCUCUAAAUGCCAGAAGAAAAUUAUAAUUUUUUUUGAUGAGAAGAACAGUGCACCAAAACUUCCACCUUUCACCAAAACUGUUCUUUGCCUUGUAGUCUCUGGAUCGGGCGCAUCACCCUAUUAGGACAGACAGUAACACUGUUCCCUUCACGGAGAAAAUUGAUUUUCCGGUGCAAUAUUGUGCAUGGACAUCUUAUUUUUUUUCCUGAUUUAUUCCACUUUGAAUGCAAACGUACUGAAUGUAAACAAGAUAUUAAACAGUGCACUGUGAAAUUACAUUUCUGUGCGAAAUUUCAGCACAAAUAAGCCAGCAGUCUUGCCACAAAAACCAUUUAUGCAAAUUACACGAAUUCUUUUUUCUCAACACAUCUGAUAGCUUACUGAUCUUAAAGAGACUGAGGUACUUGCGCAUGCUCACAAGGCAGUCUGGUCAUUAGCCUAGCAACCAACAAAACUACGUUUUAGUUUUGAAUAUUCAAGACUUCUUUUUUAAUGUCUUCAGGGAAGUCUUCAAAAGCCAUGACUUUGAUGAUAUGACUACUAUUUGAAAUUUUUGGUAGUCGUUACAGCUGGUGUACUGCUGAUUCUUACUUUGUUGAAGUAAGCAACGGUUGACAUUGCAAGACCACGUGAAAAGUCAAGUUAAGGUCUGUAAACGAGUAUUGGCACUACAUUUUCGAUUUGUCAUUAUUUUUUUUUUUGCAUCAAAUGAAAGUCUGGGAUUUCCAAACCACAGAAUAAAUACUGGCAAGCCUCAGAACCCUCUAAAUGACUUACUGCAAUACCUCUUCUAUAGCCAGUUUGUUUCAUUUCCACUGUGUCGUGACGUCAGUACGCUGAAGGUAGUCAUGUGGCAGCAGGACAUUGCGAGGUUUUGGCGCCCACUGCGGCUCCCACGUGACUGCAUUCUGCGUCAUGACACAUUAACCUCCUGGGGAACAAACUGGCUCUAGAAAAGCUAAUAUAUUAAGUUAUUUAGGGCACUCUGAGGGUUGGCAGCAUUGUUUCUAGGAUUUAUAGAGGUCUCGCACCUUCAUUUAGUGCAAGAAAAAUGAAUGGACAAAAAUAUGUCAGCACUCCUUUAAUAUGUUGCAAUUGGUUGCUGAAAAUAUUUUGCAUGUACAUUUGGCUGCAAAGUUUUGCAGAACAUUUGAUUUGGAAAGAAACCGAAUAUCCGCAAAACGUGGAUGCAUGGCCUUGAAUUCAAAAGUUUCAAUCUAACAGUUUUUGUAACUUACACAGUGAACCAUGAAAUUAGAAGUGCCAGGUCUUAGUAGAGCAGGAAUUCACAAUCGUCAGGGAACAUAUGUCCCCCAAAAUUUUGUGGCCAGCUGUACCUGCAGAUUCCAAGUGGAACCAGAUGUACAAUAUAGUUUUGUGCCGUAACCUACUGCAGUAAACUUUUGAUGCAUUUUACAUAGAGCUUUAAAGGUAAUCUAUUUAAUGCAUAUGGGUUAUCACAAUUUAUGGUUGCAAACAUAAUGAAAAAAAAAUGCUUGAAUGCGCAAUGAAAGCUAUGAACACUGUGUUCAUUUUGGUAACUCUGUAUGCAGAAUUAUACUCGGAACCUCAGUUUGAUGCAACUGCAAUAUUUAUUGAUAAGCAAGUUACCUUUCCAAAUAAGCAAACUUCAACGAGGCACCUUUGUUGUAGAAAUAUCUUGUUCGUUAACCUCACAUCGCGAUCACACACAAUACCUGACAUGUCUCCAAUGAAAAUGUGCCGGAACCGCUAAGCAAACGAGCAUUGCUAGUAGCAAUAUACAAGUAAGGCUGCCAUGCAAUAUGUAUAUGACUCACUUCUAUCAAAAAUACAGACUACUCCUUUUAAGAAAAAUUCUAUUAAAAGAAAGUUGCAGCUAUUUUCUUCCAUGUUCAAGUACCUAUGUGUAGAACUCGGAAAUGUAAAGCUCGUGGAAACCACUGGACUGUCUCAAAAAAAAAUUCGUUCUCUCCCUAUACAGACGUGUGAAAUGCAGAAUUGAUCUUAUUAGGCAAUUGUUGCGCCUUCCUGAAUCAAAUUUGUUGCAUUUAGAAGAAAAGGUUUAAUUCCAGCGACACUUACAGCAGAUCUUUUUAUUUAGCUGAGAAGUUUUCUUUUUUGUCAUUGUUAUCAGCAACUUUUAAAAAAAUACACUUGGAGUUUACAUCUUCAUAAUGUCACAAUAAAACAGAUAUAUCACAAUUCUGUAAUGUGCAGAAUGCAGCUUACAGAAAUGUGGUAUCAAUUCUUAAUGCGGAGUCAGGAGUUGGACUCUGUUUUUUAUCAGAGAGUUUUAGAUUUUGCAUAUGCAAAGUUAGGGGACGCAAACUGCCCGGUUUACAAAACUCCAGAAAAGUACAAAAGGAUGCAAGCCGGGCUUGGUGUUUUAUUUAUGCAAAAUCUAAAGCUCCCUAUAAUAUUUGCAUAUUUUCAGCAAUUUUUGUUUUGUUUGAAGACCAAAGUCUACAUUUUCUCCAAACAUCCACUAAAGUUUAAAAAAUUUUAAGCAAUCUUUAUCAGAAAUAAUUUAGUGGCCAGCUGAUGAGAGACUUUUGGCAGUUGAUGUGUACUUGAAUAGAAAAAUUUGAUCUGGCCCCAAACUAAAGCUUCCUUUCGGGUAAGCCUAAGUCUCUGGUACAAUUCAGAGCUCUUUGUAGCCUCCAAUAUGCCCAAAGCACAUCCGUUAAGCCGAACUUCGGAAACUUUGAAUGCAUUUCCACAAGCCCUUCACAUUCUUCUUGAAAGGAGUUUACUGUGGAGCUCAGGACAGCAUGACUUACAUGGAUGUCUAAACUCUUAUGACCCUUCAUUAUGGGCUAAUAAGAAGGGAAACUGUGUGUUUCUAUCAGCUGCUUAUGGGUGAUGUGUCACACGUGGAACACGCUUAGUUUUCCACUGCUGAUUGCCUUUUACGUGAGCACUUUUUAAAAAGAUCCAGAAUAAAAUAUUGUCAAGCAGAAUUGUGGUAUACAUUUCAAGCAACACACAGAGAUUUAGGAUAACAGAUCACUGAUGUGCGGGCUUAUACUGGAGCACAUAUCCAACAAGUGGCAACUGCUACUAUUACUAGUGGCAACAUCUUGCGAUGCUGCCUUCGCCCAUAUAGUGCACUAUGUUGAAUAAAUAAGAGUGCCAGGUAUACAUGACUCUUUGUGCUAAAACUGCUGACUCUUUCCUGCUCUAAUUUGGUACAGAGGCAAUAUUCACUGCCGGAUCCAAAGAUUGGAUUCUGCUAGCCCCCCUCAACAUAUAAUGGCAUUUCCGCACUCACAAUACAGAACAUGCUGCCCCCUGCUCGCCUUGACUGCCCUGGACCUACCCUUGGUAGCAAUUUUCAAUGAGUUUAGUUUAAUACCAUAUUUGUAGGCAAAUAAUUACAGGUUUCAUCCACAAUAAAUCCAAAGCACAUGACUUUACUCAAAAAAUUUUUUAUUCUGCUGCGUAGGAAGCGCCAUCUGUCAUGGCAACCUUCAAAACACUAUGUUCACCACAGCUGCGAAGGAUGGCGCUUUCAUUCCGCUGACAUGUUCUCUGAGGCGAGUCACUGCAGUCAGCAAACACUUUAGAUUUAUUGUGGACAAAGGUGGUGGGAGAGGUGGUAAGUAAUGCCUGCAAAGUAUUCAACUAAACUUGCUGCAAGACGAUACCUCUGAACAAAAUUAACGAAAAGUAAGCGGUUUAGCGACAAGGAGUCAUUUAUACCUGGUGCCACUAUUUAUGCAACAGUUGGUAGAUCAAAACAUUCUUUUGUUGCACAACCUUUUCCAUAGAACGAGUACAUAUACAAAAGUACUUUCUGCAGUGAUUAUGCUGCCACCACCUUGUUUCCACCACCAAAUGUGUGGAAUUGCAGUUAGUCAAUGUUGUAGGAAUUCAGUGUGCUUUGGUAAAACACGAAAAGCCUCAGCGUGGGGCCGCGGCAGCUGCAUUUCGAUGGGAGCGAAACGCGAAAAUACCCGUGCACUUAGAUCAGGUGCACGGGUAUUUCCAGGUGGUGCAUAUUUUCGGACUCCCCCACUACAACUUGCCUCUACAGCUUGCCUCAUAAUCAGAUCACGGUUUUGGCGAGUAAAACCCUAUAAUUAAACUUUUAUAGAGUUCCCUGCAAUAAUUACUAGAAAAAAGUCUGACGCUGCGAUCAUUCAGCUCCCGUGGGAAUGAUGGUUAGUACAUGGAUUUCUCUGAUCAUCUUGCUUGUGGAUUCAGACAUCCUUGUGGCUUCGUUUAUUACACUUUAGCUGCCUUCAUUGUUCUAUAUUUCAAAGUAAUGUAUUCUUUUCUAAAUGUAAAAGACUAUAUAACAUGCAUAAUCGCAUCUAAUUGCAAUGGUUCAGCCUAUCAAGAUUGCCAAAUUGAAAAUGUGCCAAGCAUCUCAACGCGCUGGCUUGCUUGCGAGAAAUUCACAAGGGGGUUCAAUGCCACCUGUUGUUGCCUGCAUCCGUGGUACAAUGGUUUCACUAUCUGGCUUCUGUUCUAGAGGUCCUGUGUUCAAAUCCUGCCAUCAAACAGUUUGAAUAAUGUUUAAUUAUAACACAGUACUUUGUUGAAAAUUAUGAGUUUACAAAUCGCAAGGCGAUUUGAAGCCAGAAGGACAAAGUUCAGGUAAAUCUAUGUAUUAAAUAUCAUUCUCUCACUAGCUGAACUGUGCUUUGCUUGCAGCUCCUGUAGACACUAGUGCCGGAGUUCCCUCUAGUAAUUAAUGUAUAAAACUCUGACUUUAAUGGUACAUUUGACUGGUUCAUACCGCGCUCCAGCUUGGUUUGCAGCAAUGCAGUACCUUCUCGAACAUGAAUCCUGUGAAAACCUGUCCCAGAACAAUGUUUAGCUGCUUCCAGAGUAAUGGAAGUUGCCGUGUAAUUGGGUUAUCCUGUUGGAUCUCAGUCACGCUGCCAGCUUGAAGGUACAAGUGCUUCUGAGCACUGUAAGAUGAACCAGACGAAUGUGUUCCGAGUAUUGAUUACGACCAGCCAAAUGUAAGCCGCAUGGCCAAAGCGCUCAAAAGCAACCAGUUGGGUGUGCCAUAAAUCUCCCAUAUACCAGUGGACCCUUUGUUUUGUUUGGUAAAACGCAGUGCGACAAUGUGGCACCACCAACACAGCUGCUUGAAUUCCAUUUUCCAGUAUUUCAGUACAGCCGUGUGCUUGUUGUAUGCUAAAACUAAACUAUGCUAAAAUUGUCUUAAGCCACUUUCAUGAACAUAUUUGGCAGGUAAGAAGAGAACUUGCAAGUAAAAUCAAAAGCGAACUCCAGCACUCUGUGCGUAUCUGCCAUGCUUCAUUGCCUGUGCACGAUGACUCUGGUGAAAUCACAGUAUAUUGGCCAUAAUUUUUGUAGGUGUUGUUUGUUUCUUUUCCUCCUGUUCCCAUCUUUGUGAAAACAACCACCUUUUCUUAAAGCCAUGCUGGGCUGCAGAGAAAAGGCCGAUUUCAUUUGAAAGUGCAAAAAAAAAGAAAGGUGCUCAAGGACCAUUAAAAACCCAUCCUUCACAGAUUGUUCUGAGCGUGUUGCAUAUUUUUCUUAAGCCUGUAUAACCAGCUCAUCUUUUACAUUCCGCAGGGUUGAUGUUGCUAUUGCAUACUUUUUAGCCUCGUGUGUACUCUUCUUGCCCAAGAUAUUUUGUAUGCGCGACUUCUUUUUUAUUACAUGUUGCGCGAGUAUUUAUUUGGAUAUCUUUGGCACUGUUGUCAAGUCUUUUUUUCAUAGGGUGUGCCACUGCAACUUGUGAAAGCUUUUUUUUUUUCAGCAGUGCAUGUAAAUGAGCACGAAAGGGACCUUGUAACAGCAGUGCGAUAAGAAAAGAAAUUAACUAAACACUCUUGUGCUAAAAUUAUCAGCUCCUGCCUUUCUACAUGUUGUCAAGUUGUCAUGAAAACAGUACUUCAAGUUUAGCAGGUGUCAUUGUAUAAAGUAGUUCUUAUUUAUUUAGCUUAGCAGUGCUAUUCAGUUUGUCCUGUUUUGCUUGAUUGUGUUUAAUAGUUUGUUAGUGAGUGCAUGAAAGUUGCAGUGUCGCAUUCGUUCUUGGUUGCAGUGUCUUCAUUCUUGUAUGUGAUGUAACUUUCACUCACACGAACUGCAUAGCUUAGGGAGGCAUUUGCUGGUGUUAAUGAUAAUGCCACACCUGCAAGCUAAACAGUGUUGUUUCAUGCCUAAUCGCUUUUCUUCUGAAAUGGAAUCUGUGCUUCUUUUGUUUCUUUUUUUUUUUUUACUGCCAUGAAUAAUUUUACUGUUGAGUGUACCACUGUAGAUAACUCGUCUUGGACAAGAGAUUCCCCAGAAGUGUUGUUCUUCCACACAUUAUUCUCCAGGUUGAAUAAAGAGCAGCGUGGUGUGAGUGAAUUUCUCAUGCCACUGCAGAAAGCGUUUUUCAUACAUGGGUAUGUUGACAAUUCGCUUUGCAAGGAAUAAAUUGCAUAAAUGAUUA